CUGAGAGGCGGGAGAGCGCUUCUCGUCCAAAAAAAGGAAAAAAUAUAUAUUUUAAUUUUUUUGUUAAUUCUUCGCGGUGCGGCGGCGGGCGGCAUGGGGCUGCCGGCGCUGGAAUUCAGCGAGUGCUGCCUGGACAGCCCGCAGUUCCGGGAGCGGCUCCGCUCGCACGAGGCCGAGCUGGAGAAGACCAACAAGUUCAUCAAGGAGCUCAUCAAGGACGGGAAGUCGCUCAUCGUCGCCCUCAAGAAUCUGUCGUCGGCCAAGCGCAAGUUUGCGGAUUCCCUCAAUGAAUUUAAGUUCCGCUGCAUCGGCGAUGCUGAAACAGACGAUGAGAUCUGCAUAGCCAAGUCUCUGCAGGAGUUUGCCACAGUGCUGCGGAACCUGGAGGAUGAGCGGAUGCGGAUGAUUGAGAACGCCAGCGAGGUGCUGAUCACACCGCUGGAGAAGUUCCGCAAGGAGCAGAUUGGUGCUGCUAAGGAUGCCAAGAAGAAAUAUGACAAGGAGACUGAGAAGUACUGUGGUGUCCUAGAAAAGCACUUAAACUUGUCUUCUAAGAAGAAGGAAUCCCAGCUCCAGGAGGCAGACAGCCAGGUGGACCUGGUUCGGCAGCAUUUCUACGAGGUCUCCCUGGAGUAUGUCUUCAAGGUGCAGGAGGUCCAGGAGAGGAAGAUGUUUGAGUUUGUGGAGCCUCUGCUGGCCUUUCUGCAAGGGCUUUUCACCUUCUACCACCACGGCUAUGAGCUUGCAAAGGACUUCAGUGACUUCAAGACAGAGCUGACCAUCAGCAUCCAGAAUACGAGGAAUCGCUUUGAAGGAACGAGGUCGGAGGUUGAAUCGCUGAUGAAGAAGAUGAAGGAGAAUCCUCACGAGCACAAAAACAUCAGUCCUUAUACCAUGGAGGGGUAUCUCUACGUCCAGGAGAAACGUCACUUUGGGACCUCCUGGGUGAAGCAUUACUGCACGUACCAGCGGGAAUCCAAGCGGAUAACCAUGGUGCCAUUUGACCAGAAAUCUGGAGGAAAAGGGGGAGAGGAUGAAGCCGUUAUCCUGAAAUCUUGCACACGACGGAAAACCGACUCCAUUGAGAAGAGGUUCUGCUUUGAUGUGGAAGCCGUGGAUCGGCCCGGCGUGAUCACCAUGCAGGCGCUUUCGGAGGAGGACCGAAGGCUUUGGAUGGAGGCAAUGGAUGGCCGGGAGCCGGUCUACAACUCGAACAAGGACAAUCAAAGCGAAGGCACUGCCCAGUUGGAUAAUAUCGGCUUCAGCAUAAUCAAGAAAUGCAUACACGCUGUGGAAACGAGAGGGAUCAAUGAGCAAGGACUCUACAGAAUUGUUGGAGUAAACUCUAGAGUUCAAAAGCUGUUGAGUAUAUUAAUGGAUCCAAAAACUGCCACUGAAACCGAAACUGAGAUCUGUGCAGAAUGGGAGAUAAAGACCAUCACCAGUGCCCUGAAAACGUACCUGAGAAUGCUUCCAGGGCCGCUCAUGAUGUACCAGUUUCAAAGGAGCUUCAUCAAAGCAGCAAAACUGGAGAAUCAGGAAUCCAGGGUGUCAGAGAUCCACAGCCUUGUUCAUCGGCUCCCGGAGAAAAACAGGCAGAUGCUGCACUUGCUCAUGAACCACUUGGCAAAAGUUGCAGAUAACCACAAGCAGAACCUGAUGACUGUUGCUAAUCUGGGUGUGGUGUUUGGGCCGACGCUGCUUCGACCCCAGGAGGAAACAGUCGCUGCCAUUAUGGACAUCAAGUUUCAGAAUAUUGUGAUUGAAAUUUUAAUAGAAAACCAUGAGAAGAUAUUUAACACCGUGCCGGAGACGCCGCCGUCGAACUCGCAGCUGCUGCUGUCCCGCAAGAAGAGCGCAGACUCGAAGCCCCCGUCGUGCAGUGAGCGGCCGCUCACCCUGUUCCACACCGCACAGCCCAACGAGAAGCAGGAAAACAGGAACAGCAUCAUCAACUCCAGCCUGGAAUCCGUCAUCUCUUCAAAUGUAAACAGCUUCCUCAACUCCAACAGCGCGCCUCAAUCCAACCUGAACUCAAGUGAUCUCGAACUAGAAGUAAUUAAACCCAACAGGCCAAACUCACUCCCUCAGAAUCCAAGCCCAACGUCACCCCUCUCACCGUCCUGGCCCAUGUUCUCUGCGCCAUCAAGUCCUAUGCCCACCUCCUCUACGUCCAGCGACUCAUCCCCCAUCAGCUCACCACUGCGGAAAGCCCGAGCUUUGUACGCCUGCAAAGCAGAACACGACUCAGAGCUCUCCUUCACAGCGGGCACUGUGUUUGACAAUGUGCACCCAUCGCAGGAGCCCGGCUGGCUGGAAGGGACGCUCAACGGGAAGACUGGGCUCAUCCCUGAGAACUACGUGGAGUUCCUAUAGCUGGGCACGUGAGCGGGACUGCUGAGCAUCACCUGGUAUCCAUGCACCGCUUGGCCCUGCGUGCGCUGGGGGCGAAGGGCUCCCCAUGGCCAACAGUGUUGCAGCGCUGCGUCCCCAGCCCGGAGCCCCCACCGCCACGAGGACAGCAGCGAAGCAGCGGCCUGCAGCUCUGGGGGAAUGUCUGCAGACUGCUCUGAACCAGCACCGCUGUCCCCAUUGCUGCAGUGCUUGUGAGCUGCAAGGAGCAUCAUCGGCCGCAGGCCCGGAGCCGACCUACGCUCUGCCCAGCGCAGGAGAAGCCUCAGCAGCCAGAAGCCCUCGGCCGGCCCGCAGCCCCCUGCUCUGCAGCAGUGCAGCGGCACCGAGCCCCCCUGCACCCUGCCUGGCUGGCAAGGGCGGGCGGCCAUCCCAGACCAACCCCUUUGACUGUUUCCUUUUGUUUUUAGGUCUAAGUUUACACAAGGUAAACAUCUGCAAUGCGUGCAGCCGGCGUUUCCUUCCUGCAGGGCGAUCCGACAAAUCGCGCUCCCUUUGGCUGCUCCGUGUCUCCGCUGCCCGCUGCAGGGCACAGCCCCCUCCUGUGCUGCUCCCACCGCUGCUGUCCCUCAUCUGCUGUGCCAACCUGCACGGUGCUGCCUGUGUGAGGUAAAGGACGUGUGCCCAUGGGAUGCUCCUGGCUGGGGGAGCUGGCCUGCAGCCUCCGGACAGCAAACUGCAGCUCUGUGCCCACCUCGGGAAGGACGCGGGUCCCUGCCGCACCUCUCACCCUUGGGUGCAUUUCCAGGAGGAGGGUGGGAGGGGGGCCCUGCAGAGCUGGACCUGCGGGGAGCUGGAGAUGGUUCUACUUUGUGAUAGAGAAUGGUGAAGGAAAAGCCAGCCCGUGGGCAGAGACCCGCGCGCGUGGUGGGAUGGGGUCUUUUUGUCCUUUUGUAAUAAUUUUAAAGCCUCUGAGUGACUGGAUUGCUGUAUGUACGUGUCACUUUUUAUUUUUGAAAGAAUUAAUGUAUAAAUAGAGAAUCUUAAAAUAUAA